AUGACUUCUGUUUCCAAAAAACGUUUGAAUUUAAAUUCCUAUAAUGUUAUCGACAUUGAAGACUGGACAUAUAAUAAUAAUGGUGAACCAGUGAAAAUUUCUAGUGAAAAGACUAUUGAAUGUGAUUUUAACGAAACCGAUGUUACGAAAAUCAGAGGUCAAGAUCUUACCAGUCGGGCGUUUCUUCGAUUAACUGAGGAAAAAUUAACCUGUAAGCCAGGUCUCUAUGAACUAAAACCGAGUCCAGCAGAAUCAAUUAUGGAGUUGGUGGAAGAACUAAAUGAAAAUUAG